UCAAACACUAAAUCGUCUCGCUGCAUACACACAUCAAAGGGCAAGUGAAACAAUGAGGUCGUCCAAUCAUCACCGUUUAUUCUUCAACAAACUUAACGUCAGAUUUGCAGCGAUUCAAUCUCGUUACAACCCGUACAUUUCGCCACUGUAAAUCGGAGCUGUUUCCGUUUUCCGGUUAUUCCGAUUUUUUGCUUAUUAUUUGAGGAAACAGUUUUUUUUGUAGUUGUUGAAUUAUCAGCGAUGUCUUCAACAAACGGGACAGUUGGCCACAUAGUUUCUUCAUCUUCAGGAAUAUCUACAAAUCUCCACAUUUCUUCGGAAGAAACUUGUUCGAAAAAAGCCCCAUUUGUCAAUCAAUCAUCCGGAGUUCUUCGAGCUACAGCUUUCCGUGAUUAUAUGAAAGAAAACAACACUAUUUCUUGGUGUACUGAUUCACUGUCUGAUUUUCUUGAUUACCCUGAAAAUAUCCCUAUCCAGUCUAGUAACGUACAAAUUAUGCCAUCCGAAGACGUCGGCAAGCCGAAUGAUUGGCAAGAUUGGGCCGAUCAGCUAAUUACUGAGGAUGAUGGUGUAACGCCGAAUUGGAAUGAGAUUCUUGUUGACACUGCUGUUGCUGAUCAAACUCCAAAGAUGGAAUAUCAUGUGGGAAAAUCCUCGGGAACCUCGCUGUCACUUCAAGUAAACUCACUUGUUCCUGCAUCUCCUGGAGAAGUUUGCACCCCAGCGACACCGUCAUCAUGUGGGUCCCAAAGCAAGCCACGCAUGCGUUGGACACCAGAGCUUCAUGAAGCCUUCGUGGAGGCGGUCAACAAGCUCGGUGGAAGUGAAAGAGCUACCCCGAAGGGAGUAUUGAAGCUAAUGAAGGUUGAGGGCUUAACCAUAUAUCAUGUAAAAAGUCAUCUACAGAAAUAUCGGACAGCUCGAUACAAACCUGAACCUUCUGCAGAAGGACCUUCCGAGAAAAAGCCUACUCCAACGCAGGAUUUAUCGUCAUUGGAUUUGAAAACGAGUUCAGAGAUCACUGAAGCGUUACGUCUACAGGUGGAAGUUCAAAAAAGACUACACGAGCAACUUGAGAUUCAAAAGAAUCUACAGAUGAGAAUAGAAGAACAAGGGAGAUACCUCCAGAUGAUAUUCGAGAAGCAAUGCAAGUUUGGCAUCGACGCAUUGCAACCCGCAUCAUCCACCCUAGAGAAAUCAGAAACCGAGUUGACCAAUGAAAUCUCAAGUUCUCCAGCCCGAGCCAAAACAGAGCCCGGCCCGAUUAAAGUUAUGUCACCAUCAUCAGAGAAGCAAGAGGAAGAACGUGAACCCUCGGAAUCACAACCCUCAAAACGUGCUAAAUUAAACGAGGUGUCAUCAACUGAAUCGUCUUAAGAAAUGUAACCAUACUGUAAUGUAAAUAUAUGUACCAUUGCCUGCUUUUCGAUUAUGAAAUUUUAUUAGGUAAGACUUAUUGUUUUUAAUUAGUUUGGUGUAUCCUAGAAUUAUGUAGUCAGGUAGAACUGUGGAAGUAUUGAAGUGUUAUGUUUGUUUGGCCAAUGCGGCACCUCGACUUUGUAUGUUUGGUGUGGUGACUGGUGAGUUGGAAUCAGAAUGAAACUAACUAAUGCAAUGA